UGGUUUUAUCCACCGUUUUUAGUUAGAUUUGUCAUUCUCAAAUAUAUUUUUUUCUAAACAAUUAGAUUCGUGAGCACUACACGUCAAUUGAAGUAAAUCCGAGAGCCUCUCAUUUUCAAAUUAUUUAUUUCGAACCAAAAUACACUCAGCAAUCCUUGUUUUCAAGCAAGUUGAAGUAAGCUGAGAACCUCUAGCUACUUGAAAGGUCCAUAUUAAUAUAUACUUUUAUUUCACACAUCCAUAUAAUCCGAUCAGAAAGCAUGGCAAAUUUCUCCAGUUUUCACAUUCUCUUCUUCAUGUUCAUCACAAGCGGAGUUGCUGCUUUCGCCACCGAAGACAGUUGUCCAUCCACCGUCUGGCAAGGAACUCUCACAAGAAAAGACGAUAACAACCUUGGCGCCGGGGGAUUUCAGUUGAAUCCAGGCGCUUCCGCUCAACUCACCGCUUCUUCCGAAUGGUCAGGCCACGUCUGGGCUCGUACGGGCUGUGAAUUUGACUCCUCGGGACAAGGUAGCUGCGUCAUCGGAGACUGCGGCGUGGAUUUUACAUGUGCUGGCAGCGGCGGAGAUAGUUCAGUUACAAUGGCAGAAUUCAUUCAUGGUGAAAAGGAUUACUUCGACGUCGUUGACGGUACCAAUGUCAAGUUGGGAGUAAAACCCCAAGGAGAUAAUAACUAUUUGAUCACUUUCUGCCCAGCCACCACAGCUGAACCAAUCGGAGUAUGCUUCGGGCAGUUUGGAAGUAACCUACCAAAGCCAUCGGAUGUUGUGGCUAUGUACAAGCAGUACAACAUCCGGCGAAUGCGGAUGUACGGUCCCAACCCUGAAGCUCUCGACGCUCUCCGGGGCUCCAACAUCGAGUUAAUCCUUGACGUUCCCAAUGGCUACUUGAAACGUCUCGCAGAUAGCCAAACGGAGGCCAACACAUGGGUCCGAGACAACGUCCAGAAGUACAACGAUGUCAGAUUCAAGUACAUCUCGGUCGGAAACGAGGUGAUGCCCAGGGGCCCAGGUGGGGCUGGGACGGUUCUCAUCCAGGCUAUGCAAAAGAUUGAUAAGGCGCUUUCCGAAGCAGGCCUCAGUAUCCCGGUCUCCACGACUACAAACAUGGGAGCCUUCACGGACACGUAUCCUCCCUCGCGCGGAAGAUUCAGUGAUGAGUAUAGGAACUUUCUCCAACCGGUGAUAGGUUUCUUGGUGAGCAAGCGAUCUCCUCUGCUGGUGAAUAUCUACACUUACUUCGGCUUCAAGAACGGCAACUUCUCUCUAGACUUCGCUCUGUUCAUACCGAGCAAUGAUGAGUUCAAAGACCCCAACAACCAGCACUAUUACCAAAACCUCUUCGACGCCAAUCUCGACUCAGUUUAUGCGGCACUGGAUAAAUCGGGCGGUGGAUCAUUGGAAGUCGUGGUGUCGGAGAGCGGUUGGCCCACGCAGGGAGGGCCCGGGGCGAGUGCGGAAAAUGCAAGGAUUUAUAUUUACAAUUUGAUACAACAUGUGAAGAAUGGAUCUCCGAGAAGGCCAUGGAAAGCUAUAGAGACUUACAUAUUCGCCAUGUUCGAUGAGAAUGAGAGGCUGGAUGGUUCUGGGAUGAGCUACUUUGGGCUGUUUCUUCCUACUACUAAACAGCUUAAAUAUGGUGUUAAUUUCAACUAAUCUCCUUGAAGAAGCAAGGGCUAGUAAAACAAUGAUGCGGCAAACGGUAUUUGUUUUAUGUAAGAAUGUGUGAACUUGUUGUAAUAAUCAACACAAUAAUAACAUAAGGUUCUCUUCAGGGAUUGACACAUCAGAUUUUUAGAUAA